ACUGCUGUUUAUAAUAUGAUUCAGUUUUUUUCAUCAUUACGACUGCUGAGCCCUACCCAAGUAGCUGAACUCACCCUGAGCUCUGGAGCGCUCAACAACACGGACCAGAUCGGUGCUGUGUUCCUCCGACUAGAGGAAGGCAACGCUUUUGUGAACGUGGAGGAGUUUCUGACAAAACUCAGUGCAGCUCCAGAGGUUCCGGACAUCAGCCCUGCUGUGAGCGACGUGAUGAUGAACCGCACCUUCACAAUCAUUGGAACCAAAUUCCACAAGUUUGAGACUCGGGAUUGGCUGGUGUGGUUCACCGUGAAUCUCAUUCCUAUCCUUCCCAGUUUCACCUCAGAGAUGCUGGUUAAGGUCACAGUUACAGUCAACUGCACCAACUACCGCGUGAUCGUUGAGGGACUUGGAAUGGUUUUCCAGAAAAUGACAUUGAGCAGGAGCCAUGAGAUAACCAGCAUUCUGGUGGAGCACCUGAAGGCUGCUUCUUCCCAAUUCAGUAUGCCAGGUUGCAGACAGAAAACUGAAAGCGUUACCCAAUGGCUCGACAGCAACUUGGGCCCAUUCUCCUCAUUGGCCAGUUACUCGGACCUCAAGGCCCUGAACAUCAGUGUGUUGGCAGCUCUGGGAUCCCUGUCACCUGAUCAGAAAGCAGAGCUGCUGUUGGAUCGGACCACCGGUGCUCUAGAAAACGUGACCGUGGUACAGGAGGUGAUGAUCAGCAUCCUGAACUCUUCAGACGAGAAUCAGCUUGAGAUGUUCUUUGAAAAAUUUGUUGUAGUCUGCCACGAGGAAAAUAUUACCUUCAUUGCAAACGUGGCUGUACGAGACACAAUGCUGAAUCUGACCAUGACUGCCCUGGCUCCCUCACUUGCCCUAUUUGAAACGAGUGACUAUGUGCUGUGGUUCCAAACCAAUCUGGUGGUCCUGCUGGCCAGCUUCAGUCCUUCAGUGCUGGAAGUCAUCCCUGCCAACAUCACAUGUGAUUCUUACCAAGCAAUACUGAAAGGCAUGGAGAAGGCUUUGGCAGAUCUUCCAUCUGGAGCUGGAGGACAGCUCAAGUCUAGUGUGGACCUACUUCAACAGUCACCACCAAAAGGCUGCACGCCUCCGCCCCCCACUGCUGUCUGCAAAGAAACAUUAGUCGAUGGAAAGAGCCUUUGUGCAGGUGUUAACAACAGUGAACUCCUUCAGGCAUCAGGCAAUUUCUCCGAUCGUCUGUGCAACUUCAGCAUUCCUGAAUAUGCCUGCUCUUCGGUUACGUCCUCUCUGUCCUCUGAUGACCUCGUCACGCUGCUGACUUGCAAGGCAUCAACCGUCUUCAGCAACAGCACAGAGGCGUGGAAGCUUUUCUUGCAGCAAGUCAGUGGAGUUCUGGAGAAUGCGCUGUCAGUCUACUCCAGUCAGAACCUCACCAACGAUCUGCCAGUGUCCAACAUUCUCGAUGCCAUCGGAGAGCUGACAAUCAGUAACUUCAGCGCUUCACAUCUGGCAAAUGCCAGCUUCGUUGCAGCCUGGUUUCAGGCGCGGCUGACAGCAUUUUUGCCAUCUGUCUCUGUGGAGUUUCUGUCCUGCCUGAGUACCAAGAACUUCAGCUGUGACUCCUACCAAGCUGUGGUGCUGGCUCUCAGCCGUCAAGCAUCCCUCAUGGUGGUGGAGACAAAACAGGACGUCUUCACUGCUUUCAUCAAGCCCUUCCUCUCCAGAGAUGACCGAACAGAUCAUGCCUGUCUUGCCGAAGCGACGAGCAGUGCCGAAUGGCUUAAGAAGAACUUUGGGCUGUUCUCUGGCUAUGCUACAGUGGAGUAUUUAGAAACCCUGAAUGCAAAUUUCUCCAGCUUGGGAUCGCUGUCACUGCUGAGCCCUACCCAAGUAGCUGAACUCACCCUGAGCUCUGGAGCGCUCAACAACACGGACCAGAUCGGUGCUGUGUUCCUCCGACUAGAGGAAGGCAACGCUUUUGUGAACGUGGAGGAGUUUCUGACAAAACUCAGUGCAGCUCCAGAGGUUCCGGACAUCAGCCCUGCUGUGAGCGACGUGAUGAUGAACCGCACCUUCACAAUCAUUGGAACCAAAUUCCACAAGUUUGAGACUCGGGAUUGGCUGGUGUGGUUCACCGUGAAUCUCAUUCCUAUCCUUCCCAGUUUCACCUCAGAGAUGCUGGUUAAGGUCACAGUUACAGUCAACUGCACCAACUACCGCGUGAUCGUUGAGGGACUUGGAAUGGUUUUCCAGAAAAUGACAUUGAGCAGGAGCCAUGAGAUAACCAGCAAUCUGGUGGAGCACCUGAAGGCUGCUUCUUCCCAAUUCAGUAUGCCAGGUUGCAGACAGAAAACUGAAAGCAUUACCCAAUGGCUCGACAGCAACUUGGGCCCAUUCUCCUCAUUGGCCAGUUACUCGGACCUCAAGGCCCUGAACAUCAGUGUGUUGGCAGCUCUGGGAUCCCUGUCACCUGAUCAGAAAGCAGAGCUGCUGUUGGAUCGGACCACCGGUGCUCUAGAAAACGUGACCGUGGUACAGGAGGUGAUGAUCAGCAUCCUGAACUCUUCAGACGAGAAUCAGCUUGAGAUGUUCUUUGAAAAAUUUGUUGUAGUCUGCCACGAGGAAAAUAUUACCUUCAUUGCAAACGUGGCUGUACGAGACACAAUGCUGAAUCUGACCAUGACUGCCCUGGCUCCCUCACUUCCCCUAUUUGAAACGAGUGACUAUGUGCUGUGGUUCCAAACCAAUCUGGUGGUCCUGCUGGCCAGCUUCAGUCCUUCAGUGCUGGAAGUCAUCCCUGCCAACAUCACAUGUGAUUCUUACCAAGCAAUACUGAAAGGCAUGGAGAAGGCUUUGGCAGAUCUUCCAUCUGGAGCUGGAGGACAGCUCAAGUCUAGUGUGGACCUACUUCAACAGUCACCACCAAAAGGCUGCACGCCUCCGCCCCCCACUGCUGUCUGCAAAGAAACAUUAGUCGAUGGAAAGAGCCUUUGUGCAGGUGUUAACAACAGUGAACUCCUUCAGGCAUCAGGCAAUUUCUCCGAUCGUCUGUGCAACUUCAGCAUUCCUGAAUAUGCCUGCUCUUCGGUUACGUCCUCUCUGUCCUCUGAUGACCUCGUCACGCUGCUGACUUGCAAGGCAUCAACCGUCUUCAGCAACAGCACAGAGGCGUGGAAGCUUUUCUUGCAGCAAGUCAGUGGAGUUCUGGAGAAUGCGCUGUCAGUCUACUCCAGUCAGAACCUCACCAACGAUCUGCCAGUGUCCAACAUUCUCGAUGCCAUCGGAGAGCUGACAAUCAGUAACUUCAGCGCUUCACAUCUGGCAAAUGCCAGCUUCGUUGCAGCCUGGUUUCAGGCGCGGCUGACAGCAUUUUUGCCAUCUGUCUCUGUGGAGUUUCUGUCCUGCCUGAGUACCAAGAACUUCAGCUGUGACUCCUACCAAGCUGUGGUGCUGGCUCUCAGCCGUCAAGCAUCCCUCAUGGUGGUGAAGACAAAACAGGACGUCUUCACUGCUUUCAUCAAGCCCUUCCUCUCCAGAGAUGACCGAACAGAUCAUGCCUGUCUUGCCGAAGCGACGAGCAGUGCCGAAUGGCUUAAGAAGAACUUUGGGCUGUUCUCUGGCUAUGCUACAGUGGAGUAUUUAGAAACCCUGAAUGCAAAUUUCUCCAGCUUGGGAUCGCUGUCACUGCUGAGCCCUACCCAAGUAGCUGAACUCACCCUGAGCUCUGGAGCGCUCAACAACACGGACCAGAUCGGUGCUGUGUUCCUCCGACUAGAGGAAGGCAACGCUUUUGUGAACGUGGAGGAGUUUCUGACAAAACUCAGUGCAGCUCCAGAGGUUCCGGACAUCAGCCCUGCUGUGAGCGACGUGAUGAUGAACCGCACCUUCACAAUCAUUGGAACCAAAUUCCACAAGUUUGAGACUCGGGAUUGGCUGGUGUGGUUCACCGUGAAUCUCAUUCCUAUCCUUCCCAGUUUCACCUCAGAAAUGCUGGUUAAGGUCACAGUUACAGUCAACUGCACCAACUACCGCGUGAUCGUUGAGGGACUUGGAAUGGUUUUCCAGAAAAUGACAUUGAGCAGGAGCCAUGAGAUAACCAGCAUUCUGGUGGAGCACCUGAAGGCUGCUUCUUCCCAAUUCAGUAUGCCAGGUUGCAGACAGAAAACUGAAAGCAUUACCCAAUGGCUCGACAGCAACUUGGGCCCAUUCUCCUCAUUGGCCAGUUACUCGGACCUCAAGGCCCUGAACAUCAGUGUGUUGGCAGCUCUGGGAUCCCUGUCACCUGAUCAGAAAGCAGAGCUGCUGUUGGAUCGGACCACCGGUGCUCUAGAAAACGUGACCGUGGUACAGGAGGUGAUGAUCAGCAUCCUGAACUCUUCAGACGAGAAUCAGCUUGAGAUGUUCUUUGAAAAAUUUGUUGUAGUCUGCCACGAGGAAAAUAUUACCUUCAUUGCAAACGUGGCUGUACGAGACACAAUGCUGAAUCUGACCAUGACUGCCCUGGCUCCCUCACUUCCCCUAUUUGAAACGAGUGACUAUGUGCUGUGGUUCCAAACCAAUCUGGUGGUCCUGCUGGCCAGCUUCAGUCCUUCAGUGCUGGAAGUCAUCCCUGCCAACAUCACAUGUGAUUCUUACCAAGCAAUACUGAAAGGCAUGGAGAAGGCUUUGGCAGAUCUUCCAUCUGGAGCUGGAGGACAGCUCAAGUCUAGUGUGGACCUACUUCAACAGUCACCACCAAAAGGCUGCACGCCUCCGCCCCCCACUGCUGUCUGCAAAGAAACAUUAGUCGAUGGAAAGAGCCUUUGUGCAGGUGUUAACAACAGUGAACUCCUUCAGGCAUCAGGCAAUUUCUCCGAUCGUCUGUGCAACUUCAGCAUUCCUGAAUAUGCCUGCUCUUCGGUUACGUCCUCUCUGUCCUCUGAUGACCUCGUCACGCUGCUGACUUGCAAGGCAUCAACCGUCUUCAGCAACAGCACAGAGGCGUGGAAGCUUUUCUUGCAGCAAGUCAGUGGAGUUCUGGAGAAUGCGCUGUCAGUCUACUCCAGUCAGAACCUCACCAACGAUCUGCCAGUGUCCAACAUUCUCGAUGCCAUCGGAGAGCUGACAAUCAGUAACUUCAGCGCUUCACAUCUGGCAAAUGCCAGCUUCGUUGCAGCCUGGUUUCAGGCGCGGCUGACAGCAUUUUUGCCAUCUGUCUCUGUGGAGUUUCUGUCCUGCCUGAGUACCAAGAACUUCAGCUGUGACUCCUACCAAGCUGUGGUGCUGGCUCUCAGCCGUCAAGCAUCCCUCAUGGUGGUGAAGACAAAACAGGACGUCUUCACUGCUUUCAUCAAGCCCUUCCUCUCCAGAGAUGACCGAACAGAUCAUGCCUGUCUUGCCGAAGCGACGAGCAGUGCCGAAUGGCUUAAGAAGAACUUUGGGCUGUUCUCUGGCUAUGCUACAGUGGAGUAUUUAGAAACCCUGAAUGCAAAUUUCUCCAGCUUGGGAUCGCUGUCACUGCUGAGCCCUACCCAAGUAGCUGAACUCACCCUGAGCUCUGGAGCGCUCAACAACACGGACCAGAUCGGUGCUGUGUUCCUCCGACUAGAGGAAGGCAACGCUUUUGUGAACGUGGAGGAGUUUCUGACAAAACUCAGUGCAGCUCCAGAGGUUCCGGACAUCAGCCCUGCUGUGAGCGACGUGAUGAUGAACCGCACCUUCACAAUCAUUGGAACCAAAUUCCACAAGUUUGAGACUCGGGAUUGGCUGGUGUGGUUCACCGUGAAUCUCAUUCCUAUCCUUCCCAGUUUCACCUCAGAGAUGCUGGUUAAGGUCACAGUUACAGUCAACUGCACCAACUACCGCGUGAUCGUUGAGGGACUUGGAAUGGUUUUCCAGAAAAUGACAUUGAGCAGGAGCCAUGAGAUAACCAGCAAUCUGGUGGAGCACCUGAAGGCUGCUUCUUCCCAAUUCAGUAUGCCAGGUUGCAGACAGAAAACUGAAAGCAUUACCCAAUGGCUCGACAGCAACUUGGGCCCAUUCUCCUCAUUGGCCAGUUACUCGGACCUCAAGGCCCUGAACAUCAGUGUGUUGGCAGCUCUGGGAUCCCUGUCACCUGAUCAGAAAGCAGAGCUGCUGUUGGAUCGGACCACCGGUGCUCUAGAAAACGUGACCGUGGUACAGGAGGUGAUGAUCAGCAUCCUGAACUCUUCAGACGAGAAUCAGCUUGAGAUGUUCUUUGAAAAAUUUGUUGUAGUCUGCCACGAGGAAAAUAUUACCUUCAUUGCAAACGUGGCUGUACGAGACACAAUGCUGAAUCUGACCAUGACUGCCCUGGCUCCCUCACUUCCCCUAUUUGAAACGAGUGACUAUGUGCUGUGGUUCCAAACCAAUCUGGUGGUCCUGCUGGCCAGCUUCAGUCCUUCAGUGCUGGAAGUCAUCCCUGCCAACAUCACAUGUGAUUCUUACCAAGCAAUACUGAAAGGCAUGGAGAAGGCUUUGGCAGAUCUUCCAUCUGGAGCUGGAGGACAGCUCAAGUCUAGUGUGGACCUACUUCAACAGUCACCACCAAAAGGCUGCACGCCUCCGCCCCCCACUGCUGUCUGCAAAGAAACAUUAGUCGAUGGAAAGAGCCUUUGUGCAGGUGUUAACAACAGUGAACUCCUUCAGGCAUCAGGCAAUUUCUCCGAUCGUCUGUGCAACUUCAGCAUUCCUGAAUAUGCCUGCUCUUCGGUUACGUCCUCUCUGUCCUCUGAUGACCUCGUCACGCUGCUGACUUGCAAGGCAUCAACCGUCUUCAGCAACAGCACAGAGGCGUGGAAGCUUUUCUUGCAGCAAGUCAGUGGAGUUCUGGAGAAUGCGCUGUCAGUCUACUCCAGUCAGAACCUCACCAACGAUCUGCCAGUGUCCAACAUUCUCGAUGCCAUCGGAGAGCUGACAAUCAGUAACUUCAGCGCUUCACAUCUGGCAAAUGCCAGCUUCGUUGCAGCCUGGUUUCAGGCGCGGCUGACAGCAUUUUUGCCAUCUGUCUCUGUGGAGUUUCUGUCCUGCCUGAGUACCAAGAACUUCAGCUGUGACUCCUACCAAGCUGUGGUGCUGGCUCUCAGCCGUCAAGCAUCCCUCAUGGUGGUGAAGACAAAACAGGACGUCUUCACUGCUUUCAUCAAGCCCUUCCUCUCCAGAGAUGACCGAACAGAUCAUGCCUGUCUUGCCGAAGCGACGAGCAGUGCCGAAUGGCUUAAGAAGAACUUUGGGCUGUUCUCUGGCUAUGCUACAGUGGAGUAUUUAGAAACCCUGAAUGCAAAUUUCUCCAGCUUGGGAUCGCUGUCACUGCUGAGCCCUACCCAAGUAGCUGAACUCACCCUGAGCUCUGGAGCGCUCAACAACACGGACCAGAUCGGUGCUGUGUUCCUCCGACUAGAGGAAGGCAACGCUUUUGUGAACGUGGAGGAGUUUCUGACAAAACUCAGUGCAGCUCCAGAGGUUCCGGACAUCAGCCCUGCUGUGAGCGACGUGAUGAUGAACCGCACCUUCACAAUCAUUGGAACCAAAUUCCACAAGUUUGAGACUCGGGAUUGGCUGGUGUGGUUCACCGUGAAUCUCAUUCCUAUCCUUCCCAGUUUCACCUCAGAGAUGCUGGUUAAGGUCACAGUUACAGUCAACUGCACCAACUACCGCGUGAUCGUUGAGGGACUUGGAAUGGUUUUCCAGAAAAUGACAUUGAGCAGGAGCCAUGAGAUAACCAGCAAUCUGGUGGAGCACCUGAAGGCUGCUUCUUCCCAAUUCAGUAUGCCAGGUUGCAGACAGAAAACUGAAAGCAUUACCCAAUGGCUCGACAGCAACUUGGGCCCAUUCUCCUCAUUGGCCAGUUACUCGGACCUCAAGGCCCUGAACAUCAGUGUGUUGGCAGCUCUGGGAUCCCUGUCACCUGAUCAGAAAGCAGAGCUGCUGUUGGAUCGGACCACCGGUGCUCUAGAAAACGUGACCGUGGUACAGGAGGUGAUGAUCAGCAUCCUGAACUCUUCAGACGAGAAUCAGCUUGAGAUGUUCUUUGAAAAAUUUGUUGUAGUCUGCCACGAGGAAAAUAUUACCUUCAUUGCAAACGUGGCUGUACGAGACACAAUGCUGAAUCUGACCAUGACUGCCCUGGCUCCCUCACUUCCCCUAUUUGAAACGAGUGACUAUGUGCUGUGGUUCCAAACCAAUCUGGUGGUCCUGCUGGCCAGCUUCAGUCCUUCAGUGCUGGAAGUCAUCCCUGCCAACAUCACAUGUGAUUCUUACCAAGCAAUACUGAAAGGCAUGGAGAAGGCUUUGGCAGAUCUUCCAUCUGGAGCUGGAGGACAGCUCAAGUCUAGUGUGGACCUACUUCAACAGUCACCACCAAAAGGCUGCACGCCUCCGCCCCCCACUGCUGUCUGCAAAGAAACAUUAGUCGAUGGAAAGAGCCUUUGUGCAGGUGUUAACAACAGUGAACUCCUUCAGGCAUCAGGCAAUUUCUCCGAUCGUCUGUGCAACUUCAGCAUUCCUGAAUAUGCCUGCUCUUCGGUUACGUCCUCUCUGUCCUCUGAUGACCUCGUCACGCUGCUGACUUGCAAGGCAUCAACCGUCUUCAGCAACAGCACAGAGGCGUGGAAGCUUUUCUUGCAGCAAGUCAGUGGAGUUCUGGAGAAUGCGCUGUCAGUCUACUCCAGUCAGAACCUCACCAACGAUCUGCCAGUGUCCAACAUUCUCGAUGCCAUCGGAGAGCUGACAAUCAGUAACUUCAGCGCUUCACAUCUGGCAAAUGCCAGCUUCGUUGCAGCCUGGUUUCAGGCGCGGCUGACAGCAUUUUUGCCAUCUGUCUCUGUGGAGUUUCUGUCCUGCCUGAGUACCAAGAACUUCAGCUGUGACUCCUACCAAGCUGUGGUGCUGGCUCUCAGCCGUCAAGCAUCCCUCAUGGUGGUGAAGACAAAACAGGACGUCUUCACUGCUUUCAUCAAGCCCUUCCUCUCCAGAGAUGACCGAACAGAUCAUGCCUGUCUUGCCGAAGCGACGAGCAGUGCCGAAUGGCUUAAGAAGAACUUUGGGCUGUUCUCUGGCUAUGCUACAGUGGAGUAUUUAGAAACCCUGAAUGCAAAUUUCUCCAGCUUGGGAUCGCUGUCACUGCUGAGCCCUACCCAAGUAGCUGAACUCACCCUGAGCUCUGGAGCGCUCAACAACACGGACCAGAUCGGUGCUGUGUUCCUCCGACUAGAGGAAGGCAACGCUUUUGUGAACGUGGAGGAGUUUCUGACAAAACUCAGUGCAGCUCCAGAGGUUCCGGACAUCAGCCCUGCUGUGAGCGACGUGAUGAUGAACCGCACCUUCACAAUCAUUGGAACCAAAUUCCACAAGUUUGAGACUCGGGAUUGGCUGGUGUGGUUCACCGUGAAUCUCAUUCCUAUCCUUCCCAGUUUCACCUCAGAGAUGCUGGUUAAGGUCACAGUUACAGUCAACUGCACCAACUACCGCGUGAUCGUUGAGGGACUUGGAAUGGUUUUCCAGAAAAUGACAUUGAGCAGGAGCCAUGAGAUAACCAGCAAUCUGGUGGAGCACCUGAAGGCUGCUUCUUCCCAAUUCAGUAUGCCAGGUUGCAGACAGAAAACUGAAAGCAUUACCCAAUGGCUCGACAGCAACUUGGGCCCAUUCUCCUCAUUGGCCAGUUACUCGGACCUCAAGGCCCUGAACAUCAGUGUGUUGGCAGCUCUGGGAUCCCUGUCACCUGAUCAGAAAGCAGAGCUGCUGUUGGAUCGGACCACCGGUGCUCUAGAAAACGUGACCGUGGUACAGGAGGUGAUGAUCAGCAUCCUGAACUCUUCAGACGAGAAUCAGCUUGAGAUGUUCUUUGAAAAAUUUGUUGUAGUCUGCCACGAGGAAAAUAUUACCUUCAUUGCAAACGUGGCUGUACGAGACACAAUGCUGAAUCUGACCAUGACUGCCCUGGCUCCCUCACUUCCCCUAUUUGAAACGAGUGACUAUGUGCUGUGGUUCCAAACCAAUCUGGUGGUCCUGCUGGCCAGCUUCAGUCCUUCAGUGCUGGAAGUCAUCCCUGCCAACAUCACAUGUGAUUCUUACCAAGCAAUACUGAAAGGCAUGGAGAAGGCUUUGGCAGAUCUUCCAUCUGGAGCUGGAGGACAGCUCAAGUCUAGUGUGGACCUACUUCAACAGUCACCACCAAAAGGCUGCACGCCUCCGCCCCCCACUGCUGUCUGCAAAGAAACAUUAGUCGAUGGAAAGAGCCUUUGUGCAGGUGUUAACAACAGUGAACUCCUUCAGGCAUCAGGCAAUUUCUCCGAUCGUCUGUGCAACUUCAGCAUUCCUGAAUAUGCCUGCUCUUCGGUUACGUCCUCUCUGUCCUCUGAUGACCUCGUCACGCUGCUGACUUGCAAGGCAUCAACCGUCUUCAGCAACAGCACAGAGGCGUGGAAGCUUUUCUUGCAGCAAGUCAGUGGAGUUCUGGAGAAUGCGCUGUCAGUCUACUCCAGUCAGAACCUCACCAACGAUCUGCCAGUGUCCAACAUUCUCGAUGCCAUCGGAGAGCUGACAAUCAGUAACUUCAGCGCUUCACAUCUGGCAAAUGCCAGCUUCGUUGCAGCCUGGUUUCAGGCGCGGCUGACAGCAUUUUUGCCAUCUGUCUCUGUGGAGUUUCUGUCCUGCCUGAGUACCAAGAACUUCAGCUGUGACUCCUACCAAGCUGUGGUGCUGGCUCUCAGCCGUCAAGCAUCCCUCAUGGUGGUGAAGACAAAACAGGACGUCUUCACUGCUUUCAUCAAGCCCUUCCUCUCCAGAGAUGACCGAACAGAUCAUGCCUGUCUUGCCGAAGCGACGAGCAGUGCCGAAUGGCUUAAGAAGAACUUUGGGCUGUUCUCUGGCUAUGCUACAGUGGAGUAUUUAGAAACCCUGAAUGCAAAUUUCUCCAGCUUGGGAUCGCUGUCACUGCUGAGCCCUACCCAAGUAGCUGAACUCACCCUGAGCUCUGGAGCGCUCAACAACACGGACCAGAUCGGUGCUGUGUUCCUCCGACUAGAGGAAGGCAACGCUUUUGUGAACGUGGAGGAGUUUCUGACAAAACUCAGUGCAGCUCCAGAGGUUCCGGACAUCAGCCCUGCUGUGAGCGACGUGAUGAUGAACCGCACCUUCACAAUCAUUGGAACCAAAUUCCACAAGUUUGAGACUCGGGAUUGGCUGGUGUGGUUCACCGUGAAUCUCAUUCCUAUCCUUCCCAGUUUCACCUCAGAGAUGCUGGUUAAGGUCACAGUUACAGUCAACUGCACCAACUACCGCGUGAUCGUUGAGGGACUUGGAAUGGUUUUCCAGAAAAUGACAUUGAGCAGGAGCCAUGAGAUAACCAGCAAUCUGGUGGAGCACCUGAAGGCUGCUUCUUCCCAAUUCAGUAUGCCAGGUUGCAGACAGAAAACUGAAAGCAUUACCCAAUGGCUCGACAGCAACUUGGGCCCAUUCUCCUCAUUGGCCAGUUACUCGGACCUCAAGGCCCUGAACAUCAGUGUGUUGGCAGCUCUGGGAUCCCUGUCACCUGAUCAGAAAGCAGAGCUGCUGUUGGAUCGGACCACCGGUGCUCUAGAAAACGUGACCGUGGUACAGGAGGUGAUGAUCAGCAUCCUGAACUCUUCAGACGAGAAUCAGCUUGAGAUGUUCUUUGAAAAAUUUGUUGUAGUCUGCCACGAGGAAAAUAUUACCUUCAUUGCAAACGUGGCUGUACGAGACACAAUGCUGAAUCUGACCAUGACUGCCCUGGCUCCCUCACUUCCCCUAUUUGAAACGAGUGACUAUGUGCUGUGGUUCCAAACCAAUCUGGUGGUCCUGCUGGCCAGCUUCAGUCCUUCAGUGCUGGAAGUCAUCCCUGCCAACAUCACAUGUGAUUCUUACCAAGCAAUACUGAAAGGCAUGGAGAAGGCUUUGGCAGAUCUUCCAUCUGGAGCUGGAGGACAGCUCAAGUCUAGUGUGGACCUACUUCAACAGUCACCACCAAAAGGCUGCACGCCUCCGCCCCCCACUGCUGUCUGCAAAGAAACAUUAGUCGAUGGAAAGAGCCUUUGUGCAGGUGUUAACAACAGUGAACUCCUUCAGGCAUCAGGCAAUUUCUCCGAUCGUCUGUGCAACUUCAGCAUUCCUGAAUAUGCCUGCUCUUCGGUUACGUCCUCUCUGUCCUCUGAUGACCUCGUCACGCUGCUGACUUGCAAGGCAUCAACCGUCUUCAGCAACAGCACAGAGGCGUGGAAGCUUUUCUUGCAGCAAGUCAGUGGAGUUCUGGAGAAUGCGCUGUCAGUCUACUCCAGUCAGAACCUCACCAACGAUCUGCCAGUGUCCAACAUUCUCGAUGCCAUCGGAGAGCUGACAAUCAGUAACUUCAGCGCUUCACAUCUGGCAAAUGCCAGCUUCGUUGCAGCCUGGUUUCAGGCGCGGCUGACAGCAUUUUUGCCAUCUGUCUCUGUGGAGUUUCUGUCCUGCCUGAGUACCAAGAACUUCAGCUGUGACUCCUACCAAGCUGUGGUGCUGGCUCUCAGCCGUCAAGCAUCCCUCAUGGUGGUGAAGACAAAACAGGACGUCUUCACUGCUUUCAUCAAGCCCUUCCUCUCCAGAGAUGACCGAACAGAUCAUGCCUGUCUUGCCGAAGCGACGAGCAGUGCCGAAUGGCUUAAGAAGAACUUUGGGCUGUUCUCUGGCUAUGCUACAGUGGAGUAUUUAGAAACCCUGAAUGCAAAUUUCUCCAGCUUGGGAUCGCUGUCACUGCUGAGCCCUACCCAAGUAGCUGAACUCACCCUGAGCUCUGGAGCGCUCAACAACACGGACCAGAUCGGUGCUGUGUUCCUCCGACUAGAGGAAGGCAACGCUUUUGUGAACGUGGAGGAGUUUCUGACAAAACUCAGUGCAGCUCCAGAGGUUCCGGACAUCAGCCCUGCUGUGAGCGACGUGAUGAUGAACCGCACCUUCACAAUCAUUGGAACCAAAUUCCACAAGUUUGAGACUCGGGAUUGGCUGGUGUGGUUCACCGUGAAUCUCAUUCCUAUCCUUCCCAGUUUCACCUCAGAGAUGCUGGUUAAGGUCACAGUUACAGUCAACUGCACCAACUACCGCGUGAUCGUUGAGGGACUUGGAAUGGUUUUCCAGAAAAUGACAUUGAGCAGGAGCCAUGAGAUAACCAGCAAUCUGGUGGAGCACCUGAAGGCUGCUUCUUCCCAAUUCAGUAUGCCAGGUUGCAGACAGAAAACUGAAAGCAUUACCCAAUGGCUCGACAGCAACUUGGGCCCAUUCUCCUCAUUGGCCAGUUACUCGGACCUCAAGGCCCUGAACAUCAGUGUGUUGGCAGCUCUGGGAUCCCUGUCACCUGAUCAGAAAGCAGAGCUGCUGUUGGAUCGGACCACCGGUGCUCUAGAAAACGUGACCGUGGUACAGGAGGUGAUGAUCAGCAUCCUGAACUCUUCAGACGAGAAUCAGCUUGAGAUGUUCUUUGAAAAAUUUGUUGUAGUCUGCCACGAGGAAAAUAUUACCUUCAUUGCAAACGUGGCUGUACGAGACACAAUGCUGAAUCUGACCAUGACUGCCCUGGCUCCCUCACUUCCCCUAUUUGAAACGAGUGACUAUGUGCUGUGGUUCCAAACCAAUCUGGUGGUCCUGCUGGCCAGCUUCAGUCCUUCAGUGCUGGAAGUCAUCCCUGCCAACAUCACAUGUGAUUCUUACCAAGCAAUACUGAAAGGCAUGGAGAAGGCUUUGGCAGAUCUUCCAUCUGGAGCUGGAGGACAGCUCAAGUCUAGUGUGGACCUACUUCAACAGUCACCACCAAAAGGCUGCACGCCUCCGCCCCCCACUGCUGUCUGCAAAGAAACAUUAGUCGAUGGAAAGAGCCUUUGUGCAGGUGUUAACAACAGUGAACUCCUUCAGGCAUCAGGCAAUUUCUCCGAUCGUCUGUGCAACUUCAGCAUUCCUGAAUAUGCCUGCUCUUCGGUUACGUCCUCUCUGUCCUCUGAUGACCUCGUCACGCUGCUGACUUGCAAGGCAUCAACCGUCUUCAGCAACAGCACAGAGGCGUGGAAGCUUUUCUUGCAGCAAGUCAGUGGAGUUCUGGAGAAUGCGCUGUCAGUCUACUCCAGUCAGAACCUCACCAACGAUCUGCCAGUGUCCAACAUUCUCGAUGCCAUCGGAGAGCUGACAAUCAGUAACUUCAGCGCUUCACAUCUGGCAAAUGCCAGCUUCGUUGCAGCCUGGUUUCAGGCGCGGCUGACAGCAUUUUUGCCAUCUGUCUCUGUGGAGUUUCUGUCCUGCCUGAGUACCAAGAACUUCAGCUGUGACUCCUACCAAGCUGUGGUGCUGGCUCUCAGCCGUCAAGCAUCCCUCAUGGUGGUGAAGACAAAACAGGACGUCUUCACUGCUUUCAUCAAGCCCUUCCUCUCCAGAGAUGACCGAACAGAUCAUGCCUGUCUUGCCGAAGCGACGAGCAGUGCCGAAUGGCUUAAGAAGAACUUUGGGCUGUUCUCUGGCUAUGCUACAGUGGAGUAUUUAGAAACCCUGAAUGCAAAUUUCUCCAGCUUGGGAUCGCUGUCACUGCUGAGCCCUACCCAAGUAGCUGAACUCACCCUGAGCUCUGGAGCGCUCAACAACACGGACCAGAUCGGUGCUGUGUUCCUCCGACUAGAGGAAGGCAACGCUUUUGUGAACGUGGAGGAGUUUCUGACAAAACUCAGUGCAGCUCCAGAGGUUCCGGACAUCAGCCCUGCUGUGAGCGACGUGAUGAUGAACCGCACCUUCACAAUCAUUGGAACCAAAUUCCACAAGUUUGAGACUCGGGAUUGGCUGGUGUGGUUCACCGUGAAUCUCAUUCCUAUCCUUCCCAGUUUCACCUCAGAGAUGCUGGUUAAGGUCACAGUUACAGUCAACUGCACCAACUACCGCGUGAUCGUUGAGGGACUUGGAAUGGUUUUCCAGAAAAUGACAUUGAGCAGGAGCCAUGAGAUAACCAGCAAUCUGGUGGAGCACCUGAAGGCUGCUUCUUCCCAAUUCAGUAUGCCAGGUUGCAGACAGAAAACUGAAAGCAUUACCCAAUGGCUCGACAGCAACUUGGGCCCAUUCUCCUCAUUGGCCAGUUACUCGGACCUCAAGGCCCUGAACAUCAGUGUGUUGGCAGCUCUGGGAUCCCUGUCACCUGAUCAGAAAGCAGAGCUGCUGUUGGAUCGGACCACCGGUGCUCUAGAAAACGUGACCGUGGUACAGGAGGUGAUGAUCAGCAUCCUGAACUCUUCAGACGAGAAUCAGCUUGAGAUGUUCUUUGAAAAAUUUGUUGUAGUCUGCCACGAGGAAAAUAUUACCUUCAUUGCAAACGUGGCUGUACGAGACACAAUGCUGAAUCUGACCAUGACUGCCCUGGCUCCCUCACUUCCCCUAUUUGAAACGAGUGACUAUGUGCUGUGGUUCCAAACCAAUCUGGUGGUCCUGCUGGCCAGCUUCAGUCCUUCAGUGCUGGAAGUCAUCCCUGCCAACAUCACAUGUGAUUCUUACCAAGCAAUACUGAAAGGCAUGGAGAAGGCUUUGGCAGAUCUUCCAUCUGGAGCUGGAGGACAGCUCAAGUCUAGUGUGGACCUACUUCAACAGUCACCACCAAAAGGCUGCACGCCUCCGCCCCCCACUGCUGUCUGCAAAGAAACAUUAGUCGAUGGAAAGAGCCUUUGUGCAGGUGUUAACAACAGUGAACUCCUUCAGGCAUCAGGCAAUUUCUCCGAUCGUCUGUGCAACUUCAGCAUUCCUGAAUAUGCCUGCUCUUCGGUUACGUCCUCUCUGUCCUCUGAUGACCUCGUCACGCUGCUGACUUGCAAGGCAUCAACCGUCUUCAGCAACAGCACAGAGGCGUGGAAGCUUUUCUUGCAGCAAGUCAGUGGAGUUCUGGAGAAUGCGCUGUCAGUCUACUCCAGUCAGAACCUCACCAACGAUCUGCCAGUGUCCAACAUUCUCGAUGCCAUCGGAGAGCUGACAAUCAGUAACUUCAGCGCUUCACAUCUGGCAAAUGCCAGCUUCGUUGCAGCCUGGUUUCAGGCGCGGCUGACAGCAUUUUUGCCAUCUGUCUCUGUGGAGUUUCUGUCCUGCCUGAGUACCAAGAACUUCAGCUGUGACUCCUACCAAGCUGUGGUGCUGGCUCUCAGCCGUCAAGCAUCCCUCAUGGUGGUGAAGACAAAACAGGACGUCUUCACUGCUUUCAUCAAGCCCUUCCUCUCCAGAGAUGACCGAACAGAUCAUGCCUGUCUUGCCGAAGCGACGAGCAGUGCCGAAUGGCUUAAGAAGAACUUUGGGCUGUUCUCUGGCUAUGCUACAGUGGAGUAUUUAGAAACCCUGAAUGCAAAUUUCUCCAGCUUGGGAUCGCUGUCACUGCUGAGCCCUACCCAAGUAGCUGAACUCACCCUGAGCUCUGGAGCGCUCAACAACACGGACCAGAUCGGUGCUGUGUUCCUCCGACUAGAGGAAGGCAACGCUUUUGUGAACGUGGAGGAGUUUCUGACAAAACUCAGUGCAGCUCCAGAGGUUCCGGACAUCAGCCCUGCUGUGAGCGACGUGAUGAUGAACCGCACCUUCACAAUCAUUGGAACCAAAUUCCACAAGUUUGAGACUCGGGAUUGGCUGGUGUGGUUCACCGUGAAUCUCAUUCCUAUCCUUCCCAGUUUCACCUCAGAGAUGCUGGUUAAGGUCACAGUUACAGUCAACUGCACCAACUACCGCGUGAUCGUUGAGGGACUUGGAAUGGUUUUCCAGAAAAUGACAUUGAGCAGGAGCCAUGAGAUAACCAGCAAUCUGGUGGAGCACCUGAAGGCUGCUUCUUCCCAAUUCAGUAUGCCAGGUUGCAGACAGAAAACUGAAAGCAUUACCCAAUGGCUCGACAGCAACUUGGGCCCAUUCUCCUCAUUGGCCAGUUACUCGGACCUCAAGGCCCUGAACAUCAGUGUGUUGGCAGCUCUGGGAUCCCUGUCACCUGAUCAGAAAGCAGAGCUGCUGUUGGAUCGGACCACCGGUGCUCUAGAAAACGUGACCGUGGUACAGGAGGUGAUGAUCAGCAUCCUGAACUCUUCAGACGAGAAUCAGCUUGAGAUGUUCUUUGAAAAAUUUGUUGUAGUCUGCCACGAGGAAAAUAUUACCUUCAUUGCAAACGUGGCUGUACGAGACACAAUGCUGAAUCUGACCAUGACUGCCCUGGCUCCCUCACUUCCCCUAUUUGAAACGAGUGACUAUGUGCUGUGGUUCCAAACCAAUCUGGUGGUCCUGCUGGCCAGCUUCAGUCCUUCAGUGCUGGAAGUCAUCCCUGCCAACAUCACAUGUGAUUCUUACCAAGCAAUACUGAAAGGCAUGGAGAAGGCUUUGGCAGAUCUUCCAUCUGGAGCUGGAGGACAGCUCAAGUCUAGUGUGGACCUACUUCAACAGUCACCACCAAAAGGCUGCACGCCUCCGCCCCCCACUGCUGUCUGCAAAGAAACAUUAGUCGAUGGAAAGAGCCUUUGUGCAGGUGUUAACAACAGUGAACUCCUUCAGGCAUCAGGCAAUUUCUCCGAUCGUCUGUGCAACUUCAGCAUUCCUGAAUAUGCCUGCUCUUCGGUUACGUCCUCUCUGUCCUCUGAUGACCUCGUCACGCUGCUGACUUGCAAGGCAUCAACCGUCUUCAGCAACAGCACAGAGGCGUGGAAGCUUUUCUUGCAGCAAGUCAGUGGAGUUCUGGAGAAUGCGCUGUCAGUCUACUCCAGUCAGAACCUCACCAACGAUCUGCCAGUGUCCAACAUUCUCGAUGCCAUCGGAGAGCUGACAAUCAGUAACUUCAGCGCUUCACAUCUGGCAAAUGCCAGCUUCGUUGCAGCCUGGUUUCAGGCGCGGCUGACAGCAUUUUUGCCAUCUGUCUCUGUGGAGUUUCUGUCCUGCCUGAGUACCAAGAACUUCAGCUGUGACUCCUACCAAGCUGUGGUGCUGGCUCUCAGCCGUCAAGCAUCCCUCAUGGUGGUGAAGACAAAACAGGACGUCUUCACUGCUUUCAUCAAGCCCUUCCUCUCCAGAGAUGACCGAACAGAUCAUGCCUGUCUUGCCGAAGCGACGAGCAGUGCCGAAUGGCUUAAGAAGAACUUUGGGCUGUUCUCUGGCUAUGCUACAGUGGAGUAUUUAGAAACCCUGAAUGCAAAUUUCUCCAGCUUGGGAUCGCUGUCACUGCUGAGCCCUACCCAAGUAGCUGAACUCACCCUGAGCUCUGGAGCGCUCAACAACACGGACCAGAUCGGUGCUGUGUUCCUCCGACUAGAGGAAGGCAACGCUUUUGUGAACGUGGAGGAGUUUCUGACAAAACUCAGUGCAGCUCCAGAGGUUCCGGACAUCAGCCCUGCUGUGAGCGACGUGAUGAUGAACCGCACCUUCACAAUCAUUGGAACCAAAUUCCACAAGUUUGAGACUCGGGAUUGGCUGGUGUGGUUCACCGUGAAUCUCAUUCCUAUCCUUCCCAGUUUCACCUCAGAGAUGCUGGUUAAGGUCACAGUUACAGUCAACUGCACCAACUACCGCGUGAUCGUUGAGGGACUUGGAAUGGUUUUCCAGAAAAUGACAUUGAGCAGGAGCCAUGAGAUAACCAGCAAUCUGGUGGAGCACCUGAAGGCUGCUUCUUCCCAAUUCAGUAUGCCAGGUUGCAGACAGAAAACUGAAAGCAUUACCCAAUGGCUCGACAGCAACUUGGGCCCAUUCUCCUCAUUGGCCAGUUACUCGGACCUCAAGGCCCUGAACAUCAGUGUGUUGGCAGCUCUGGGAUCCCUGUCACCUGAUCAGAAAGCAGAGCUGCUGUUGGAUCGGACCACCGGUGCUCUAGAAAACGUGACCGUGGUACAGGAGGUGAUGAUCAGCAUCCUGAACUCUUCAGACGAGAAUCAGCUUGAGAUGUUCUUUGAAAAAUUUGUUGUAGUCUGCCACGAGGAAAAUAUUACCUUCAUUGCAAACGUGGCUGUACGAGACACAAUGCUGAAUCUGACCAUGACUGCCCUGGCUCCCUCACUUCCCCUAUUUGAAACGAGUGACUAUGUGCUGUGGUUCCAAACCAAUCUGGUGGUCCUGCUGGCCAGCUUCAGUCCUUCAGUGCUGGAAGUCAUCCCUGCCAACAUCACAUGUGAUUCUUACCAAGCAAUACUGAAAGGCAUGGAGAAGGCUUUGGCAGAUCUUCCAUCUGGAGCUGGAGGACAGCUCAAGUCUAGUGUGGACCUACUUCAACAGUCACCACCAAAAGGCUGCACGCCUCCGCCCCCCACUGCUGUCUGCAAAGAAACAUUAGUCGAUGGAAAGAGCCUUUGUGCAGGUGUUAACAACAGUGAACUCCUUCAGGCAUCAGGCAAUUUCUCCGAUCGUCUGUGCAACUUCAGCAUUCCUGAAUAUGCCUGCUCUUCGGUUACGUCCUCUCUGUCCUCUGAUGACCUCGUCACGCUGCUGACUUGCAAGGCAUCAACCGUCUUCAGCAACAGCACAGAGGCGUGGAAGCUUUUCUUGCAGCAAGUCAGUGGAGUUCUGGAGAAUGCGCUGUCAGUCUACUCCAGUCAGAACCUCACCAACGAUCUGCCAGUGUCCAACAUUCUCGAUGCCAUCGGAGAGCUGACAAUCAGUAACUUCAGCGCUUCACAUCUGGCAAAUGCCAGCUUCGUUGCAGCCUGGUUUCAGGCGCGGCUGACAGCAUUUUUGCCAUCUGUCUCUGUGGAGUUUCUGUCCUGCCUGAGUACCAAGAACUUCAGCUGUGACUCCUACCAAGCUGUGGUGCUGGCUCUCAGCCGUCAAGCAUCCCUCAUGGUGGUGAAGACAAAACAGGACGUCUUCACUGCUUUCAUCAAGCCCUUCCUCUCCAGAGAUGACCGAACAGAUCAUGCCUGUCUUGCCGAAGCGACGAGCAGUGCCGAAUGGCUUAAGAAGAACUUUGGGCUGUUCUCUGGCUAUGCUACAGUGGAGUAUUUAGAAACCCUGAAUGCAAAUUUCUCCAGCUUGGGAUCGCUGUCACUGCUGAGCCCUACCCAAGUAGCUGAACUCACCCUGAGCUCUGGAGCGCUCAACAACACGGACCAGAUCGGUGCUGUGUUCCUCCGACUAGAGGAAGGCAACGCUUUUGUGAACGUGGAGGAGUUUCUGACAAAACUCAGUGCAGCUCCAGAGGUUCCGGACAUCAGCCCUGCUGUGAGCGACGUGAUGAUGAACCGCACCUUCACAAUCAUUGGAACCAAAUUCCACAAGUUUGAGACUCGGGAUUGGCUGGUGUGGUUCACCGUGAAUCUCAUUCCUAUCCUUCCCAGUUUCACCUCAGAGAUGCUGGUUAAGGUCACAGUUACAGUCAACUGCACCAACUACCGCGUGAUCGUUGAGGGACUUGGAAUGGUUUUCCAGAAAAUGACAUUGAGCAGGAGCCAUGAGAUAACCAGCAAUCUGGUGGAGCACCUGAAGGCUGCUUCUUCCCAAUUCAGUAUGCCAGGUUGCAGACAGAAAACUGAAAGCAUUACCCAAUGGCUCGACAGCAACUUGGGCCCAUUCUCCUCAUUGGCCAGUUACUCGGACCUCAAGGCCCUGAACAUCAGUGUGUUGGCAGCUCUGGGAUCCCUGUCACCUGAUCAGAAAGCAGAGCUGCUGUUGGAUCGGACCACCGGUGCUCUAGAAAACGUGACCGUGGUACAGGAGGUGAUGAUCAGCAUCCUGAACUCUUCAGACGAGAAUCAGCUUGAGAUGUUCUUUGAAAAAUUUGUUGUAGUCUGCCACGAGGAAAAUAUUACCUUCAUUGCAAACGUGGCUGUACGAGACACAAUGCUGAAUCUGACCAUGACUGCCCUGGCUCCCUCACUUCCCCUAUUUGAAACGAGUGACUAUGUGCUGUGGUUCCAAACCAAUCUGGUGGUCCUGCUGGCCAGCUUCAGUCCUUCAGUGCUGGAAGUCAUCCCUGCCAACAUCACAUGUGAUUCUUACCAAGCAAUACUGAAAGGCAUGGAGAAGGCUUUGGCAGAUCUUCCAUCUGGAGCUGGAGGACAGCUCAAGUCUAGUGUGGACCUACUUCAACAGUCACCACCAAAAGGCUGCACGCCUCCGCCCCCCACUGCUGUCUGCAAAGAAACAUUAGUCGAUGGAAAGAGCCUUUGUGCAGGUGUUAACAACAGUGAACUCCUUCAGGCAUCAGGCAAUUUCUCCGAUCGUCUGUGCAACUUCAGCAUUCCUGAAUAUGCCUGCUCUUCGGUUACGUCCUCUCUGUCCUCUGAUGACCUCGUCACGCUGCUGACUUGCAAGGCAUCAACCGUCUUCAGCAACAGCACAGAGGCGUGGAAGCUUUUCUUGCAGCAAGUCAGUGGAGUUCUGGAGAAUGCGCUGUCAGUCUACUCCAGUCAGAACCUCACCAACGAUCUGCCAGUGUCCAACAUUCUCGAUGCCAUCGGAGAGCUGACAAUCAGUAACUUCAGCGCUUCACAUCUGGCAAAUGCCAGCUUCGUUGCAGCCUGGUUUCAGGCGCGGCUGACAGCAUUUUUGCCAUCUGUCUCUGUGGAGUUUCUGUCCUGCCUGAGUACCAAGAACUUCAGCUGUGACUCCUACCAAGCUGUGGUGCUGGCUCUCAGCCGUCAAGCAUCCCUCAUGGUGGUGAAGACAAAACAGGACGUCUUCACUGCUUUCAUCAAGCCCUUCCUCUCCAGAGAUGACCGAACAGAUCAUGCCUGUCUUGCCGAAGCGACGAGCAGUGCCGAAUGGCUUAAGAAGAACUUUGGGCUGUUCUCUGGCUAUGCUACAGUGGAGUAUUUAGAAACCCUGAAUGCAAAUUUCUCCAGCUUGGGAUCGCUGUCACUGCUGAGCCCUACCCAAGUAGCUGAACUCACCCUGAGCUCUGGAGCGCUCAACAACACGGACCAGAUCGGUGCUGUGUUCCUCCGACUAGAGGAAGGCAACGCUUUUGUGAACGUGGAGGAGUUUCUGACAAAACUCAGUGCAGCUCCAGAGGUUCCGGACAUCAGCCCUGCUGUGAGCGACGUGAUGAUGAACCGCACCUUCACAAUCAUUGGAACCAAAUUCCACAAGUUUGAGACUCGGGAUUGGCUGGUGUGGUUCACCGUGAAUCUCAUUCCUAUCCUUCCCAGUUUCACCUCAGAGAUGCUGGUUAAGGUCACAGUUACAGUCAACUGCACCAACUACCGCGUGAUCGUUGAGGGACUUGGAAUGGUUUUCCAGAAAAUGACAUUGAGCAGGAGCCAUGAGAUAACCAGCAAUCUGGUGGAGCACCUGAAGGCUGCUUCUUCCCAAUUCAGUAUGCCAGGUUGCAGACAGAAAACUGAAAGCAUUACCCAAUGGCUCGACAGCAACUUGGGCCCAUUCUCCUCAUUGGCCAGUUACUCGGACCUCAAGGCCCUGAACAUCAGUGUGUUGGCAGCUCUGGGAUCCCUGUCACCUGAUCAGAAAGCAGAGCUGCUGUUGGAUCGGACCACCGGUGCUCUAGAAAACGUGACCGUGGUACAGGAGGUGAUGAUCAGCAUCCUGAACUCUUCAGACGAGAAUCAGCUUGAGAUGUUCUUUGAAAAAUUUGUUGUAGUCUGCCACGAGGAAAAUAUUACCUUCAUUGCAAACGUGGCUGUACGAGACACAAUGCUGAAUCUGACCAUGACUGCCCUGGCUCCCUCACUUCCCCUAUUUGAAACGAGUGACUAUGUGCUGUGGUUCCAAACCAAUCUGGUGGUCCUGCUGGCCAGCUUCAGUCCUUCAGUGCUGGAAGUCAUCCCUGCCAACAUCACAUGUGAUUCUUACCAAGCAAUACUGAAAGGCAUGGAGAAGGCUUUGGCAGAUCUUCCAUCUGGAGCUGGAGGACAGCUCAAGUCUAGUGUGGACCUACUUCAACAGUCACCACCAAAAGGCUGCACGCCUCCGCCCCCCACUGCUGUCUGCAAAGAAACAUUAGUCGAUGGAAAGAGCCUUUGUGCAGGUGUUAACAACAGUGAACUCCUUCAGGCAUCAGGCAAUUUCUCCGAUCGUCUGUGCAACUUCAGCAUUCCUGAAUAUGCCUGCUCUUCGGUUACGUCCUCUCUGUCCUCUGAUGACCUCGUCACGCUGCUGACUUGCAAGGCAUCAACCGUCUUCAGCAACAGCACAGAGGCGUGGAAGCUUUUCUUGCAGCAAGUCAGUGGAGUUCUGGAGAAUGCGCUGUCAGUCUACUCCAGUCAGAACCUCACCAACGAUCUGCCAGUGUCCAACAUUCUCGAUGCCAUCGGAGAGCUGACAAUCAGUAACUUCAGCGCUUCACAUCUGGCAAAUGCCAGCUUCGUUGCAGCCUGGUUUCAGGCGCGGCUGACAGCAUUUUUGCCAUCUGUCUCUGUGGAGUUUCUGUCCUGCCUGAGUACCAAGAACUUCAGCUGUGACUCCUACCAAGCUGUGGUGCUGGCUCUCAGCCGUCAAGCAUCCCUCAUGGUGGUGAAGACAAAACAGGACGUCUUCACUGCUUUCAUCAAGCCCUUCCUCUCCAGAGAUGACCGAACAGAUCAUGCCUGUCUUGCCGAAGCGACGAGCAGUGCCGAAUGGCUUAAGAAGAACUUUGGGCUGUUCUCUGGCUAUGCUACAGUGGAGUAUUUAGAAACCCUGAAUGCAAAUUUCUCCAGCUUGGGAUCGCUGUCACUGCUGAGCCCUACCCAAGUAGCUGAACUCACCCUGAGCUCUGGAGCGCUCAACAACACGGACCAGAUCGGUGCUGUGUUCCUCCGACUAGAGGAAGGCAACGCUUUUGUGAACGUGGAGGAGUUUCUGACAAAACUCAGUGCAGCUCCAGAGGUUCCGGACAUCAGCCCUGCUGUGAGCGACGUGAUGAUGAACCGCACCUUCACAAUCAUUGGAACCAAAUUCCACAAGUUUGAGACUCGGGAUUGGCUGGUGUGGUUCACCGUGAAUCUCAUUCCUAUCCUUCCCAGUUUCACCUCAGAGAUGCUGGUUAAGGUCACAGUUACAGUCAACUGCACCAACUACCGCGUGAUCGUUGAGGGACUUGGAAUGGUUUUCCAGAAAAUGACAUUGAGCAGGAGCCAUGAGAUAACCAGCAAUCUGGUGGAGCACCUGAAGGCUGCUUCUUCCCAAUUCAGUAUGCCAGGUUGCAGACAGAAAACUGAAAGCAUUACCCAAUGGCUCGACAGCAACUUGGGCCCAUUCUCCUCAUUGGCCAGUUACUCGGACCUCAAGGCCCUGAACAUCAGUGUGUUGGCAGCUCUGGGAUCCCUAGCACCCGAUCAGAAAGCAGAGCUACUGUUGGAUCCAUCCACCGAUGCUCUAGACAAUGUCACCGUGGUACAGGAGGUGUUGACCAGCAUACUGACGUCUCCAGAUGAGAAACAACUUGAGAUGUUUUUUGAAACAUUUGUGAAAGUCAGCAAAGUGGAAAGUAUAACCUACAUCGAAAAUGUGGCUGUCCGAGACACAAUGCUGAAUCUGACCAUGACUGCCCUGGCUCCCAAACUUCCCCUAUUUGAAACAAGCGACUAUGAGCUGUGGUUCCAAACCAAUCUGGUGGUCCUGCUGGCCAGCUUCAGUCCUACAGUGCUGGAAGUCAUCCCUGCCAACAUCACAUGCGAAUCUUACCAAGCAAUACUGGAAGGCAUGAAGAUAGCUUUGGCAGAUCUUCCGUCAGGAGUUGGAGUAGAGCUAAAUUCAAGUGUAGACACACUUCAACAUUCACCACCAAAAGCCUGCACGACUCCACCACCCACCACACCCCCCACAGUGCCCCCCACCAUGCCAUCCACCACACCGUCCCCAGUACCACCCACUGCACCACCGACCGUGUCCCCCACCGCUGUUUGCGAGGAAACAUUGAUCGAUGAGGAAAGGCUUUGUGCAGGUGUAGACAGUGAACAACUUCAGACAUCAGGCAGCGUCGCGGCUCAACUCUGCAACUUCAGCAUUCCUGAAUAUGCCUGCUCUUCAGUUGCGUCCUCUCUGUCCUCUGAUGACCUCGUCACGCUGCUGACCUGCAAGGCAUCAACGGUCAUGAGCAACAGCACAGAGAUGUGGAAGCUUUUCUUCCAGAAAGUCACUGGGGUUCUGGAGAAUGCGCUGUCCGUGUACUCCAGUCAGAACCUAAGCAACGGUCAUGCUGUAUCCAACAUUCUGGAUGCCAUUGGACAGCUGACAAUCAGCAACUUUAGCGCUUCACAGCUGACAAAUGCCAGCUUCAUUACAGCCUGGUUCCAGGAGCGUCUGAGACCAUUUUUGCCAUCUGUCUCUGUGGAGUUUCUAUCCUGCUUGAGUACCAAGAACUUCAGCUGUGACUCCUACCAAGCAGCGGUGCUGGGUCUCAGCCGUCAAUCAUCGCUCAUGGCAAUGGAGACAAAACAGGACGUCUUCAAUGCUUUCAUCAAACCCUUCCUCUCAAGAGCUGACCGAACAGAUGCUGCCUGUCUUUCCAAAAUGACGAGCAGCGCUGAAUGGCUUGAGAAGAACUUUGGCCUGUUCUCUGGCUAUGCUACUGUGGAGUUUUUAGAAGCCCUGAAUGUGAAUUUCUCCAGUUUGGGAUCGCUGUCACUGCUGAACCCUACUCAAGUAGCUGAAAUCACCCUGAGCUCUGGAGCGCUAAACAACACUGAUCAGAUCGUGGUUGUGUUUGACCGGCUGGAGAAAGGCGACGCUUUCCUGAACAUGAAGGAAUUUCUGACAGAACUAAAUGCAGCUCCAGAGAUUCCUGUCAUCAGCCCUGCUGUGAGUGACGUGAUGAUGAACCGCACCUUCGCAAUCAUUGAAGGCUAUUUCCGGAAAUUUGAGACUCACGAUUGGGUGGUGUGGUUCACCGUGAAUCUCGUUCCCAUCCUCCCCAGUUUCACCACAGAAAUGCUGGUUAAGGUCACAGCUUCAGUCAACUGCACCGACUACCGUGUGAUAGUUAAGGGAUUGGGAAUCAAUUUCCAGAGAAUGACAUUUACCAGGAGGCAGGAGAUAACCAAUGUUCUGGUCGAGCACCUAAAGACAACUGCUGCCAAAUUCAGCAUGCCAGGUUGCAGACAGAAAACUGAAAGCGCUGCUGAAUGGCUCGACACCAACUUGGGUCGAUUCUCCUCUUUAGCCAGUUACUCAGACCUCAAGUCCCUGAACAUUAGCAUGUUGGCAGCUCUGGGAUCCCUAGCACCCGAUCAGAAAGCAGAGCUACUGUUGGAUCCAUCCACCGAUGCUCUAGACAAUGUCACCGUGGUACAGGAGGUGUUGACCAGCAUACUGACGUCUCCAGAUGAGAAACAACUUGAGAUGUUUUUUGAAACAUUUGUGAAAGUCAGCAAAGUGGAAAGUAUAACCUACAUCGAAAAUGUGGCUGUCCGAGACACAAUGCUGAAUCUGACCAUGACUGCCCUGGCUCCCAAACUUCCCCUAUUUGAAACAAGCGACUAUGAGCUGUGGUUCCAAACCAAUCUGGUGGUCCUGCUGGCCAGCUUCAGUCCUACAGUGCUGGAAGUCAUCCCUGCCAACAUCACAUGCGAAUCUUACCAAGCAAUACUGGAAGGCAUGAAGAUAGCUUUGGCAGAUCUUCCGUCAGGAGUUGGAGUAGAGCUAAAUUCAAGUGUAGACACACUUCAACAUUCACCACCAAAAGCCUGCACGACUCCACCACCCACCACACCCCCCACAGUGCCCCCCACCAUGCCAUCCACCACACCGUCCCCAGUACCACCCACUGCACCACCGACCGUGUCCCCCACCGCUGUUUGCGAGGAAACAUUGAUCGAUGAGGAAAGGCUUUGUGCAGGUGUAGACAGUGAACAACUUCAGACAUCAGGCAGCGUCGCGGCUCAACUCUGCAACUUCAGCAUUCCUGAAUAUGCCUGCUCUUCAGUUGCGUCCUCUCUGUCCUCUGAUGACCUCGUCACGCUGCUGACCUGCAAGGCAUCAACGGUCAUGAGCAACAGCACAGAGAUGUGGAAGCUUUUCUUCCAGAAAGUCACUGGGGUUCUGGAGAAUGCGCUGUCCGUGUACUCCAGUCAGAACCUAAGCAACGGUCAUGCUGUAUCCAACAUUCUGGAUGCCAUUGGACAGCUGACAAUCAGCAACUUUAGCGCUUCACAGCUGACAAAUGCCAGCUUCAUUACAGCCUGGUUCCAGGAGCGUCUGAGACCAUUUUUGCCAUCUGUCUCUGUGGAGUUUCUAUCCUGCUUGAGUACCAAGAACUUCAGCUGUGACUCCUACCAAGCAGCGGUGCUGGGUCUCAGCCGUCAAUCAUCGCUCAUGGCAAUGGAGACAAAACAGGACGUCUUCAAUGCUUUCAUCAAACCCUUCCUCUCAAGAGCUGACCGAACAGAUGCUGCCUGUCUUUCCAAAAUGACGAGCAGCGCUGAAUGGCUUGAGAAGAACUUUGGCCUGUUCUCUGGCUAUGCUACUGUGGAGUUUUUAGAAGCCCUGAAUGUGAAUUUCUCCAGUUUGGGAUCGCUGUCACUGCUGAACCCUACUCAAGUAGCUGAAAUCACCCUGAGCUCUGGAGCGCUAAACAACACUGAUCAGAUCGUGGUUGUGUUUGACCGGCUGGAGAAAGGCGACGCUUUCCUGAACAUGAAGGAAUUUCUGACAGAACUAAAUGCAGCUCCAGAGAUUCCUGUCAUCAGCCCUGCUGUGAGUGACGUGAUGAUGAACCGCACCUUCGCAAUCAUUGAAGGCUAUUUCCGGAAAUUUGAGACUCACGAUUGGGUGGUGUGGUUCACCGUGAAUCUCGUUCCCAUCCUCCCCAGUUUCACCACAGAAAUGCUGGUUAAGGUCACAGCUUCAGUCAACUGCACCGACUACCGUGUGAUAGUUAAGGGAUUGGGAAUCAAUUUCCAGAGAAUGACAUUUACCAGGAGGCAGGAGAUAACCAAUGUUCUGGUCGAGCACCUAAAGACAACUGCUGCCAAAUUCAGCAUGCCAGGUUGCAGACAGAAAACUGAAAGCGCUGCUGAAUGGCUCGACACCAACUUGGGUCGAUUCUCCUCUUUAGCCAGUUACUCAGACCUCAAGUCCCUGAACAUUAGCAUGUUGGCAGCUCUGGGAUCCCUAGCACCCGAUCAGAAAGCAGAGCUACUGUUGGAUCCAUCCACCGAUGCUCUAGACAAUGUCACCGUGGUACAGGAGGUGUUGACCAGCAUACUGACGUCUCCAGAUGAGAAACAACUUGAGAUGUUUUUUGAAACAUUUGUGAAAGUCAGCAAAGUGGAAAGUAUAACCUACAUCGAAAAUGUGGCUGUCCGAGACACAAUGCUGAAUCUGACCAUGACUGCCCUGGCUCCCAAACUUCCCCUAUUUGAAACAAGCGACUAUGAGCUGUGGUUCCAAACCAAUCUGGUGGUCCUGCUGGCCAGCUUCAGUCCUACAGUGCUGGAAGUCAUCCCUGCCAACAUCACAUGCGAAUCUUACCAAGCAAUACUGGAAGGCAUGAAGAUAGCUUUGGCAGAUCUUCCGUCAGGAGUUGGAGUAGAGCUAAAUUCAAGUGUAGACACACUUCAACAUUCACCACCAAAAGCCUGCACGACUCCACCACCCACCACACCCCCCACAGUGCCCCCCACCAUGCCAUCCACCACACCGUCCCCAGUACCACCCACUGCACCACCGACCGUGUCCCCCACCGCUGUUUGCGAGGAAACAUUGAUCGAUGAGGAAAGGCUUUGUGCAGGUGUAGACAGUGAACAACUUCAGACAUCAGGCAGCGUCGCGGCUCAACUCUGCAACUUCAGCAUUCCUGAAUAUGCCUGCUCUUCAGUUGCGUCCUCUCUGUCCUCUGAUGACCUCGUCACGCUGCUGACCUGCAAGGCAUCAACGGUCAUGAGCAACAGCACAGAGAUGUGGAAGCUUUUCUUCCAGAAAGUCACUGGGGUUCUGGAGAAUGCGCUGUCCGUGUACUCCAGUCAGAACCUAAGCAACGGUCAUGCUGUAUCCAACAUUCUGGAUGCCAUUGGACAGCUGACAAUCAGCAACUUUAGCGCUUCACAGCUGACAAAUGCCAGCUUCAUUACAGCCUGGUUCCAGGAGCGUCUGAGACCAUUUUUGCCAUCUGUCUCUGUGGAGUUUCUAUCCUGCUUGAGUACCAAGAACUUCAGCUGUGACUCCUACCAAGCAGCGGUGCUGGGUCUCAGCCGUCAAUCAUCGCUCAUGGCAAUGGAGACAAAACAGGACGUCUUCAAUGCUUUCAUCAAACCCUUCCUCUCAAGAGCUGACCGAACAGAUGCUGCCUGUCUUUCCAAAAUGACGAGCAGCGCUGAAUGGCUUGAGAAGAACUUUGGCCUGUUCUCUGGCUAUGCUACUGUGGAGUUUUUAGAAGCCCUGAAUGUGAAUUUCUCCAGUUUGGGAUCGCUGUCACUGCUGAACCCUACUCAAGUAGCUGAAAUCACCCUGAGCUCUGGAGCGCUAAACAACACUGAUCAGAUCGUGGUUGUGUUUGACCGGCUGGAGAAAGGCGACGCUUUCCUGAACAUGAAGGAAUUUCUGACAGAACUAAAUGCAGCUCCAGAGAUUCCUGUCAUCAGCCCUGCUGUGAGUGACGUGAUGAUGAACCGCACCUUCGCAAUCAUUGAAGGCUAUUUCCGGAAAUUUGAGACUCACGAUUGGGUGGUGUGGUUCACCGUGAAUCUCGUUCCCAUCCUCCCCAGUUUCACCACAGAAAUGCUGGUUAAGGUCACAGCUUCAGUCAACUGCACCGACUACCGUGUGAUAGUUAAGGGAUUGGGAAUCAAUUUCCAGAGAAUGACAUUUACCAGGAGGCAGGAGAUAACCAAUGUUCUGGUCGAGCACCUAAAGACAACUGCUGCCAAAUUCAGCAUGCCAGGUUGCAGACAGAAAACUGAAAGCGCUGCUGAAUGGCUCGACACCAACUUGGGUCGAUUCUCCUCUUUAGCCAGUUACUCAGACCUCAAGUCCCUGAACAUUAGCAUGUUGGCAGCUCUGGGAUCCCUAGCACCCGAUCAGAAAGCAGAGCUACUGUUGGAUCCAUCCACCGAUGCUCUAGACAAUGUCACCGUGGUACAGGAGGUGUUGACCAGCAUACUGACGUCUCCAGAUGAGAAACAACUUGAGAUGUUUUUUGAAACAUUUGUGAAAGUCAGCAAAGUGGAAAGUAUAACCUACAUCGAAAAUGUGGCUGUCCGAGACACAAUGCUGAAUCUGACCAUGACUGCCCUGGCUCCCAAACUUCCCCUAUUUGAAACAAGCGACUAUGAGCUGUGGUUCCAAACCAAUCUGGUGGUCCUGCUGGCCAGCUUCAGUCCUACAGUGCUGGAAGUCAUCCCUGCCAACAUCACAUGCGAAUCUUACCAAGCAAUACUGGAAGGCAUGAAGAUAGCUUUGGCAGAUCUUCCGUCAGGAGUUGGAGUAGAGCUAAAUUCAAGUGUAGACACACUUCAACAUUCACCACCAAAAGCCUGCACGACUCCACCACCCACCACACCCCCCACAGUGCCCCCCACCAUGCCAUCCACCACACCGUCCCCAGUACCACCCACUGCACCACCGACCGUGUCCCCCACCGCUGUUUGCGAGGAAACAUUGAUCGAUGAGGAAAGGCUUUGUGCAGGUGUAGACAGUGAACAACUUCAGACAUCAGGCAGCGUCGCGGCUCAACUCUGCAACUUCAGCAUUCCUGAAUAUGCCUGCUCUUCAGUUGCGUCCUCUCUGUCCUCUGAUGACCUCGUCACGCUGCUGACCUGCAAGGCAUCAACGGUCAUGAGCAACAGCACAGAGAUGUGGAAGCUUUUCUUCCAGAAAGUCACUGGGGUUCUGGAGAAUGCGCUGUCCGUGUACUCCAGUCAGAACCUAAGCAACGGUCAUGCUGUAUCCAACAUUCUGGAUGCCAUUGGACAGCUGACAAUCAGCAACUUUAGCGCUUCACAGCUGACAAAUGCCAGCUUCAUUACAGCCUGGUUCCAGGAGCGUCUGAGACCAUUUUUGCCAUCUGUCUCUGUGGAGUUUCUAUCCUGCCUGAGUACCAAGAACUUCAGCUGUGACUCCUACCAAGCAGCGGUGCUGGGUCUCAGCCGUCAAUCAUCGCUCAUGGCAAUGGAGACAAAACAGGACGUCUUCAAUGCUUUCAUCAAACCCUUCCUCUCAAGAGCUGACCGAACAGAUGCUGCCUGUCUUUCCAAAAUGACGAGCAGCGCUGAAUGGCUUGAGAAGAACUUUGGCCUGUUCUCUGGCUAUGCUACUGUGGAGUUUUUAGAAGCCCUGAAUGUGAAUUUCUCCAGUUUGGGAUCGCUGUCACUGCUGAACCCUACUCAAGUAGCUGAAAUCACCCUGAGCUCUGGAGCGCUAAACAACACUGAUCAGAUCGUGGUUGUGUUUGACCGGCUGGAGAAAGGCGAUGCUUUCCUGAACAUGAAGGAAUUUCUGACAGAACUAAAUGCAGCUCCAGAGAUUCCUGUCAUCAGCCCUGCUGUGAGUGACGUGAUGAUGAACCGCACCUUCGCAAUCAUUGAAGGCUAUUUCCGGAAAUUUGAGACUCACGAUUGGGUGGUGUGGUUCACCGUGAAUCUCGUUCCCAUCCUCCCCAGUUUCACCACAGAAAUGCUGGUUAAGGUCACAGCUUCAGUCAACUGCACCGACUACCGUGUGAUAGUUAAGGGAUUGGGAAUCAAUUUCCAGAGAAUGACAUUUACCAGGAGGCAGGAGAUAACCAAUGUUCUGGUCGAGCACCUAAAGACAACUGCUGCCAAAUUCAGCAUGCCAGGUUGCAGACAGAAAACUGAAAGCGCUGCUGAAUGGCUCGACACCAUUUUGGGUCGAUUCUCCUCUUUAGCCAGUUACUCAGACCUCAAGUCCCUGAACAUUAGCAUGUUGGCAGCUCUGGGAUCCCUAGCACCCGAUCAGAAAGCAGAGCUACUGUUGGAUCCAUCCACCGAUGCUCUAGACAAUGUCACCGUGGUACAGGAGGUGUUGACCAGCAUACUGACGUCUCCAGAUGAGAAACAACUUGAGAUGUUUUUUGAAACAUUUGUGAAAGUCAGCAAAGUGGAAAGUAUAACCUACAUCGAAAAUGUGGCUGUCCGAGACACAAUGCUGAAUCUGACCAUGACUGCCCUGGCUCCCAAACUUCCCCUAUUUGAAACAAGCGACUAUGAGCUGUGGUUCCAAACCAAUCUGGUGGUCCUGCUGGCCAGCUUCAGUCCUACAGUGCUGGAAGUCAUCCCUGCCAACAUCACAUGCGAAUCUUACCAAGCAAUACUGGAAGGCAUGAAGAUAGCUUUGGCAGAUCUUCCGUCAGGAAUUGGAGUAGAGCUAAAUUCAAGUGUAGACACACUUCAACAUUCACCACCAAAAGCCUGCACGACUCCACCACCCACCACACCCCCCACAGUGCCCCCCACCAUGCCAUCCACCACACCGUCCCUAGUACCACCCACUGCACCACCGACCGUGUCCCCCACCGCUGUUUGCGAGGAAACAUUGAUCAAUGAGGAAAGGCUUUGUGCAGGUGUAGACAGUGAACAACUUCAGACAUCAGGCAGCGUCGCGGCUCAACUCUGCAACUUCAGCAUUCCUGAAUAUGCCUGCUCUUCAGUUGCGUCCUCUCUGUCCUCUGAUGACCUCGUCACGCUGCUGACCUGCAAGGCAUCAACGGUCAUGAGCAACAGCACAGAGAUGUGGAAGCUUUUCUUCCAGAAAGUCACUGGGGUUCUGGAGAAUGCGCUGUCCGUGUACUCCAGUCAGAACCUAAGCAACGGUCAUGCUGUAUCCAACAUUCUGGAUGCCAUUGGACAGCUGACAAUCAGCAACUUUAGCGCUUCACAGCUGACAAAUGCCAGCUUCAUUACAGCCUGGUUCCAGGAGCGUCUGAGACCGUUUUUGCCAUCUGUCUCUGUGGAGUUUCUAUCCUGCUUGACUACCAAGAACUUCAGCUGUGACUCCUACCAAGCAGCGGUGCUGGGUCUCAGCCGUCAAUCAUCGCUCAUGGCAAUGGAGACAAAACAGGACGUCUUCAAUGCUUUCAUCAAACCCUUCCUCUCAAGAGCUGACCGAACAGAUGCUGCCUGUCUUUCCAAAAUGACGAGCAGCGCUGAAUGGCUUGAGAAGAACUUUGGCCUGUUCUCUGGCUAUGCUACUGUGGAGUUUUUAGAAGCCCUGAAUGUGAAUUUCUCCAGUUUGGGAUCGCUGUCACUGCUGAACCCUACUCAAGUAGCUGAAAUCACCCUGAGCUCUGGAGCGCUAAACAACACUGAUCAGAUCGUGGUUGUGUUUGACCGGCUGGAGAAAGGCGACGCUUUCCUGAACAUGAAGGAAUUUCUGACAGAACUAAAUGCAGCUCCAGAGAUUCCUGUCAUCAGCCCUGCUGUGAGUGACGUGAUGAUGAACCGCACCUUCGCAAUCAUUGAAGGCUAUUUCCGGAAAUUUGAGACUCACGAUUGGGUGGUGUGGUUCACCGUGAAUCUCGUUCCCAUCCUCCCCAGUUUCACCACAGAAAUGCUGGUUAAGGUCACAGCUUCAGUCAACUGCACCGACUACCGUGUGAUAGUUAAGGGAUUGGGAAUCAAUUUCCAGAGAAUGACAUUUACCAGGAGGCAGGAGAUAACCAAUGUUCUGGUCGAGCACCUAAAGACAACUGCUGCCAAAUUCAGCAUGCCAGGUUGCAGACAGAAAACUGAAAGCGCUGCUGAAUGGCUCGACACCAACUUGGGUCGAUUCUCCUCUUUAGCUAGUUACUCAGACCUCAAGUCCCUGAACAUUAGCAUGUUGGCAGCUCUGGGAUCCCUAGCACCCGAUCAGAAAGCAGAGCUACUGUUGGAUCCAUCCACCGAUGCUCUAGACAAUGUCACCGUGGUACAGGAGGUGUUGACCAGCAUACUGACGUCUCCAGAUGAGAAACAACUUGAGAUGUUUUUUGAAACAUUUGUGAAAGUCAGCAAAGUGGAAAGUAUAACCUACAUCGAAAAUGUGGCUGUCCGAGACACAAUGCUGAAUCUGACCAUGACUGCCCUGGCUCCCAAACUUCCCCUAUUUGAAACAAGCGACUAUGAGCUGUGGUUCCAAACCAAUCUGGUGGUCCUGCUGGCCAGCUUCAGUCCUACAGUGCUGGAAGUCAUCCCUGCCAACAUCACAUGCGAAUCUUACCAAGCAAUACUGGAAGGCAUGAAGAUAGCUUUGGCAGAUCUUCCGUCAGGAGUUGGAGUAGAGCUAAAUUCAAGUGUAGACAAACUUCAACAUUCACCACCAAAAGCCUGCACGACUCCACCACCCACCACACCCCCCACAGUGCCCCCCACCAUGCCAUACACUUUGACACCAACUGCUCCAAACACUGGGCCACCGAUUGCUCAACCCACUGCAACCCCCACUAUGCCAUCCACCACACCAUCCACGGUACCACCCACUGCACCACCCACCACCCUCACAGUACUCCCCACACUGACAUACACCAUGCUACCCACUUCUCCAAACACUGUGCCACCCAUUGUUCCACCCACUGCACCACCCACCACACCCCCUACAGCAGCCCCCACGCUGCCAUACACAAUGCCAAACACUGCUCCAAACACUGCGCCACCUAUUGCUUCACCUACUGCAACCCCCACCAUGCUAUCCACCACACCUAUUACAGUACCACCCACUGCACCACCCACCACAGUACCCCCCACGGUGCCAUACACCAUGCCACCCACUGCUCUAAACACUGCGACAGCUAUUGCUCCACCCACUGCAUCUCCCACCAUGUCAUCCACUACACUAUCCACAGUAGCACCCACUGCACCACCCACCACACCCCCCACAGUACCCCCCACACUGCCAUACACCGUGCCACCCACUUCUCCAAACACUGUGCCAUCUAUUUCUCCAACCACUGCACCACCCACCACAUCUUCUACAGAACCCCCCAUGCUGCCAUACACCAUGCCACCCACUGCUCUAAACACUGCGACAGCUAUUGCUCCACCCACUGCUUCUCCCACUAUGCCAUCCAUUACACCAUCCACAGUACCACCUACUGCACCACCCACCACAGCUCCCACAGUACCCCCCACGCUGCCAUACACCGUGCCACCCACUUCUCCAAACACUGUGCCACCUAUUGCUCCAACCACUGCACCACCCACCACAUCUUCUACAGUACCCCCCACGCUGCCAUACACCAUGCCACCCACUGCUCUAAACACUGCAACAGUUAUUGCCCCACCCACUUCAUCUCCCACCAUGGCAUCCACUACACUAUCCAUGGUAGCACCCACUGCACCACCCACCACACCCCCUACAGCGCCCCCUACGCUGCCAUACACCAUGCCACCCACUGCUCUAAACACUGCGACAGCUAUUGCUCCACCCACUGCAUCUCCCACCAUGCCAUCCAUUACACCAUCCACAGUAGCAGCCACUGCACCACCCACCACACCCCCCACACUGCCAUACAGUAUGCCACCCACUGCUAAAAACACUGUGCCACCUAUUGCUCCACCCACUGCAACCCCCACCUUGCCAUCCACCACACCAUCCACAGUACCACCCACUGCAACAACUACCACACUCUCCACAGUGCCCCCCACCUUGCCAUCCACCACACCAUCCACAGUACCACCAACUGCACCACCGACCGUGUCCCCCACCGCUGUUUGCGAGGAAACAUUGAUCGAUGAGGAAAGGCUUUGUGCAGGUGUAAACAGUGAAAAACUUCAGACAUCAGGCAGCGUCGCGGCUCAACUCUGCAACUUCAGCAUUCCUGAAUAUGCCUGCUCUUCAGUUGCGUCCUCUCUGUCCUCUGAUGACCUCGUCACGCUGCUGACCUGCAAGGCAUCAACGGUCAUGAGCAACAGCACAGAGAUGUGGAAGCUUUUCUUCCAGAAAGUCACUGGGGUUCUGGAGAAUGCGCUGUCCGUGUACUCCAGUCAGAACCUAAGCAACGGUCAUGCUGUAUCCAACAUUCUGGAUGCCAUUGGACAGCUGACAAUCAGCAACUUUAGCGCUUCACAGCUGACAAAUGCCAGCUUCAUUACAGCCUGGUUCCAGGAGCGUCUGAGACCGUUUUUGCCAUCUGUCUCUGUGGAGUUUCUAUCCUGCUUGAGUACCAAGAACUUCAGCUGUGACUCCUACCAAGCAGCGGUGCUGGGUCUCAGCCGUCAAUCAUCGCUCAUGGCAAUGGAGACAAAACAGGACGUCUUCAAUGCUUUCAUCAAACCCUUCCUCUCAAGAGCUGACCGAACAGAUGCUGCCUGUCUUUCCAAAAUGACGAGCAGCGCUGAAUGGCUUGAGAAGAACUUUGGCCUGUUCUCUGGCUAUGCUACUGUGGAGUUUUUAGAAGCCCUGAAUGUGAAUUUCUCCAGUUUGGGAUCGCUGUCACUGCUGAACCCUACUCAAGUAGCUGAAAUCACCCUGAGCUCUGGAGCGCUAAACAACACUGAUCAGAUCGUGGUUGUGUUUGACCGGCUGGAGAAAGGCGACGCUUUCCUGAACAUGAAGGAAUUUCUGACAGAACUAAAUGCAGCUCCAGAGAUUCCUGUCAUCAGCCCUGCUGUGAGUGACGUGAUGAUGAACCGCACCUUCGCAAUCAUUGAAGGCUAUUUCCGGAAAUUUGAGACUCACGAUUGGGUGGUGUGGUUCACCGUGAAUCUCGUUCCCAUCCUCCCCAGUUUCACCACAGAAAUGCUGGUUAAGGUCACAGCUUCAGUCAACUGCACCGACUACCGUGUGAUUGUUAAAGGUCUUAGUAAGGUUUAUUCUCAAAUGCCUGUCCAAAGAAGAAAGGAAAUUGCUGCAGGUCUAGUGGCACACCUUAAACAAAUUGUCUACCAGAUCAAUCAGCCAGCCUGCAAACAGGGCAUCACAAAUGAUUCUGACUGGCUGCAAAUGAACCUUGGUCAGUUCUUCAACUAUGUGCCUUAUUCGGACCUAGCCGCAUUCAACAUCUCAUCGGAAGCCGUGUUUGGCUCUCUAACUGAUGAACAGAAGGUUGAGCGUAUCCUGAUCCCGGGUCUCCUGGAGGACGAAACCUCUGUCAGACAACUCUUUGCAUCUGUUGUAAACUCUCAAAACCAGUUAAAACAGUUCUUCAUCACAUUCACUAGCAUGUCUGCACAGAGGAACGUCUUUAGUGUCAGCACUACUGUGAGCAGCGUCAUUCUGAACAUGACACUGGUGGCCCUGGAGAACAGAUUCCAAAACUUCAUUCCGCAGACAUUUGCUGAUUGGUUCCAGACUUACCUUCGCAUUUUCCUCCCUGGGAUCGGGCCAAACACCCUCUCUGUCAUCCCCUUGACCAUCAGCUGCGAUUCUUACACAGAAAUUGUGAGAGGCUGUGAUGAUGUAUUCAGCAAACUCACAUCGGUACAGACCAAUGAUGUCUACAGAUUCACAAUGGACUAUCUGACCCAUAAGCCCAGUCCAGGAAGCUCCUGUGUUCAGGGCACGAGCAACAGCUCAGACUGGCUGAUGAAGAGUUUCGGGCGGUUCAGCAUGUGGGCCAGCUUCAGUGACCUGAUAAGCCUGAAUAAAGACUUUGAUGGGGUUGAAGCCGCAGCUCUCUUGACUCCACCUCAGCUGGCUCAGCUUUGCUCCGCCCCCUCGCGCCUCAGCGGGCCGCAGGACGUGCAGACUGUGAUGAGUGUGCUCGACACGCAGCAGCUCACACUCUUCUUCAAUGAUCUCUCUCCAAAUAUCUCAGUGAGCGGUCUGGUGUACCCUGCGCAGCUGAAGCAGGCGUUCCUGCAGGUGGUGUUGAACAGACGGAAACUGUGGUCUUCUUCUCUCAGUGAUGCGGAAGUGUCGCUCUGGCUCACGGUUCGACUGCGCCCCCUCCUGUCUUCUCUGACUGCCUCUGAUGUCUCGCCGUAUUUCGCCAUCGUCGCUUCUCGAGGCUGUGGCGUCAGACAGACGGCAGUGACUGAGCUGAACACUCUGAGAACGGCUCUUGAUGGAAACACACAGCGUGAGAUCUACAACAGCAUCCUACAGUUACUCACAGGUUCUCCUCUGCGCUGUUACACAGGCGGCAGCUUCCUCCUGUUCCUCCGGUCCUCCUUCCAGCAGUUCGGUCUCCCAGAUCUGAGCAGUGUCUUGUCCCUGAUCCCGCAGGCCAGCCGGACACAGGUGCUGAGCUCCAUGUCUCCAUCAGAGCUCAGUGAGUUCCUGAACGUUACUCAAGCCGUCGGGAGCUCAUCUGGGCUUUGUGAACUUCUCAGCGCGUACAACCAGACGGCAGUGUAUCUGCAGACGGCGCCGCUGGGCUCGCAGGCUUUGGCCCGUCAGGUGUUGACCUGCGUCUGGCCUGGAGUUCUGCAACUGAACGGCCCGUCUGAGGUGAACGAGUGGUUUGACCUGCGGCUGCUGAGAUACCUGCCAUUGCUCACCUUACAGCUUAUAAGCCCCGCAGAGCUCCAGAGCGCCUCCUGCCUGUCAUACAGAAAACUUAUUUCAGUACUUGGAAAAAACUACAACUACUCUGAGACUAACUUCAGCCCAGAGGAUGUGUACAGCUCCAUCAAGGAGUAUCUCAGCAAUGAUGGUUCUCCGCGGUGUUAUAACGCAGCCGAUCCUCAGCUGAACUCCACAGACUGGUUUGUCAGCUACAUCGGAGUCUUCAUCAGCUACGUCAGUCUGUCCGAUCUCAACUCCUUUGUGUCGUCUGACCAGAUCGGUGUGUUCUUAGAGGACCCGGGAAACCUUCAGCUGCUCAACAGCACCGCGGGCAUCCAGUCCAGCGUAGUGGAGUACUACAUCACACAGCUCUACAUCCUGGACCAGUACUUUAAUCCCAUGAGUGUGCCACCGCAGUUCCUCUGUGAUAUCCCUGCCGUGGCGUUUGAGCCUCUCAGUGAAGCAGACAGUUUGCGUCUCAUCCAAAGCAUCAACAUGUACUGCAACGGCACCCAGAACCCUCAGAUCACGGCUGCCCUCACAGAUAAUCUGCCCUCGCUGUCCUCCAACACCAUCGAGCUGCUGGGCAAUCAGAGCGUGGGGCUGACGGAGGGCCAGAUUAGCGCCGCUCCGCCCGCUGUUAUCAGGAGCUCUCUGGCCACGCUGAGCUCUGUGGACGGCUGGAGUCAGGGCCAGGCCGACGCCAUCGUGCAGACGCUCAUACAGUCCAACUAUGUGAUCGACAGCGACUCGUCUCUCUUGGCUCUCGGCACGCUGGUCAAAGGUCUUCCGUCAGACACACUCUCCAGCAUCCAGCCCUCCACACUGCUCUCCGUAUCCCAGAACCCCACAUUCAUCAGCAACAUGGUGGCGGCACCGCAGGUCCUGCAGAUGGUGUACGUCAUGCAGAUUGUGUCCAUCGAUGUCACACAAGUUCUGCAGAACGUUCCGGAUCAGCUGGCCAGCUCCAUCCCACCGGUGCUGCUGGCUCCACAGGGCUCUGUGAACCUUAGCCUGAUCAACCAGAAGCAGUGGACGCAGGAGCAGGCUCUGGUGUUGUUCAGCUCAGUGGCGAGUGUCAGUCAAGAUACAGAGGAGCUGUCGGUGCCGGUCCUGCAGGGUUUCAGCUGUACGUCAGUGCAGACGGUCAGCACACAGAAGGUGAAGCAGAUGGUCAGAUCCUGCAGACACAGACCCGGCCGGAGUAAGGUGCAGCUGCAGGAGAGUCAGCUCAUGUGCAUGAACAACUAUGUGAAAGACGAGCCUCUGUCCAGCUUCUCUGAUUUACCUGCAGAGGUGCUACUCUACUACAGCUAUGACAAUGUCCAGCCGGUGAACUGCAGAUCAUACUUCAGUGCCGUGGGUCAGGCAGAUUACUCGGUCCUCUCCAGCGUCCUCAACAAACCGGCUGCUCUGUUCGCCAACGCACGCAGCUGCCUGGGCAUCACGGGUAACAGUCUCAGUAAAGAUCAGAUUGCGGUUCUGGGUAACCUGACGUGUACGCUGGACCCCGUCUACAUCCCCAACUCUGACCCGUCCAUCAUCGAGAGCCUGAAGAACUGUGUGGAGCUGUCGGACGCUCAGAUCUCUGCGGUUCAGCGGCUGCUGCUGUCAGGAAACACAUCUUACGGGAACUCCUCCACAUGGGGUCAGCAGACGCUGCAGAGGCUGGCUAAGAUCCCGCUGUACUUCACCAACUCCUUCUGGAGUCUCUUCAGUGCGACUGUGAAGAAGAACUUCAUGACCACGUUCAUGCCGUAUCUGAGGUCUAUAAACACAGACAAGACCAAACUGAAGACGCUGUUUAGCAACUGCAACAGUGGGUUAUCUAGGAGCAGAUUGAGCCGCUCCACAGCAUGCACUGUGGGAAACAUCACUGCAGCCACUAUAGCAGACCCCUCUUUCCCGCUCGGAUACACCGUGGACCAGUUUGACGCCUGUUUGGAGCCCGGAGUCCUGAAGGAUACCCUGACGGCGGUGGCACAGAAGGUGGACGACAGCAGCUUCCAGAGAGUCAUUCUGAACAAACUAAAGCAGGUGUAUCCCGCUGGUCUGGCUGACGGUGUGGUGAAGGAUCUGGGCUCAGUGUCUCGUCAGGCCUCAGUGCAGGAGAUCAGCAGCUGGAACAUCAGCAGCCUCGACACACUGGCGACACUCAUGGACAAAAGCAACGGCAACUGGAGCACUGCUCAGAGUCAGCAGGUGAUCCUCAGGUAUCUGAGUGUAAAGGGCAACAGUUUGGGCAGUAAUGAACUGAACAUCAUCAAGUCAAGCCUGUGCUCACUGAACAUCUCCACCCUUCAGAACAUCACACCUGCAGUUCUGAGGAAUGCGAAGGCUCUGGAUCUGUCCUCGUGUUCGUCUGAGCAGCAGUCGGUUCUCUACAUCACCGCUAACUCCUCAUUCAGAGCUCAACUCAGCAACGGCCCUGCUUACUACCACAUGAUCAGCCCUUACCUCGGUAACACACACACACACACACACACAUCUUUAAGCCUUGAUUGUGUAUUAUUGGGGUAAAUAUUUCAAUAGUCUUGAAGUGUUGUAAACAGGCCGGCUCC